AUGUCUUGGAUUUGGGACUGGUUUUCUGGUGUGCUCAACUUCUUAGGUUUAACUAAGAAAAAUGGAAAGCUCGUGUUCCUGGGAUUGGAUAAUGCAGGAAAGACUACUCUUCUUCAUAUGUUAAAGGAUGAUAGAAUGGCUCAGCAUGUUCCAACACUUCAUCCUACAUCAGAGGAACUAUCUCUUGGUGGGAUUAGAUUCACAACUUUCGAUCUUGGAGGUCACGCUCAAGCUCGACGUGUAUGGAAGGAUUACUUCCCUGCUGUGGAUGCUAUUGUAUUUUUAGUAGAUUGCGCUGAUUUGGAGCGAAUUGCUGAAAGCAAAACUGAGCUCGAGUCUUUACUUCGUGACGAGCAGGUUGCCGCUGCUCCAGUUCUUGUUCUCGGAAACAAAAUUGACAAGCCAAAUGCUCUCAGUGAGGAUCAGUUGAAAUGGCAUUUGGGAAUUCAACAUAUGUGCACAGGAAAAGGAGAAAUUUCUCGCAAUGAUCUUGCUUCCCGUCCUUUGGAAGUUUUCAUGUGCUCUGUACUCAGAAGACAGGGUUAUGGUGAAGGGUUCCGUUGGUUGGCUCAAUACCUCGACUAA